AUGACACAUUCAGGAGUACCACGUAAAGUGUCUUGCAGCCGGUUGGAACCAGGAGACGAGGAACCGAUCAUUCAGCACCGGCGUGAUCUGCAACACGACAUUAGGUAUGCCUACACGUUCGCAAGGCAUCGAGCGAAUGAAAACGAAGUGGUCUACCGUUGCGUGCAGUGCAGGAAGGAAAAGCAGAAGACGUGGGUAAUCGGUGACGAGUCUCUAACGCAUCCGUGCAGACUUGGCCAUGAGUGCCGUCCGGAAAAGUAUGUCAGAGAAAGAGGAAACAAAGCUGUCUACGAGAUGGCACGUGAGAAUGGGCAUCAUGACAUCGUCGCCGACGGAUCUCACUGUUUGCAGCCGAAGAGCUUGGAGCACUAUGCGCAGUUGUAUUGUGUGCAUGGUGUCUGCAACCAAGAAGUCGACGUACCGCAUGUGUUCCAUAAUGGAAAAGAAAACACGUCGGGGUCACAAGGAAGAUUUGGCGAAGCACCUAGACGCAUAGUGCUCGAUUUCGAAAAGCAGCUAUCUAUGCGGCUAAAGGGUAUUCCCGGAUUCGGCUGUGGAAAGGCGUGCCUUCCACCUGGCACAGGCGUGGAGUCGCAAAAGGAACCAUUCCUGGCUCCAGAGAUACCUCCAAGGCUAAGAAUGGGAUGA